UUCGGCUUUUAGCAAUCAGUUGCACCGGCCCGAAAGUUUUCAAACGGCAAUGCCCUAUAAAAUUCCACCUCACCUCGAAACAGACAAGAACUCACAUUGAUCGAAGCCAUGGCGACCGGAGCACACCUAAACCUCGCCCUCCUCUUCGUCUUCAUCUCCGUAUCCGCCUCUGUCUCCGCUGCCAGCCGGUGCUCCUCCACCACAUUCUCCGCGGACCGCACUUUCGCGCACUGCCGCGAUCUUCCGCACCUCGACGCCUCCCUUCACUGGACCUACGACUCCACCGCCCGAAACCUCUCGAUCGCCUUCGUCGCGACGCCUGCGUCGCCGGAGGGGUGGGUGGCGUGGGCUAUAAACCCUUCCGGAGGCGGCAUGAGGGGGAGCCAGGCCCUGAUCGGCUUCCACCAGGCCAAUGGGUCGAUGGGCGUGAAGACCUACAACAUCACCGAGUACGGCCCGAUCGCCGAGGGGCGGAUCGACUUCCAGCCGGCCGAUCUGGCCGCGGAGUUCUCCGGCGGGGCGAUGCGGAUCUUCGGGAAGUUGGUGCUGCCCCAAAAGAUGUCGCCGACGGUGAAGCAGGUGUGGCAGGUGGGGGCGACGGUUGCGAACGGCGUGCCGCAGAGGCAUGAGUUCGAUCGCGAGAACUUGGAAGCGGUGGGGUUGGUGGAUCUCAGCAGGGGAGUGUUUGCACAGUCUCCUCCUCCGGAUCCGGCGGCAAGUACUCCCGCUUCCAGCGGCACCUCCCCUCCCGGCGCCGCCGGCGGCGGCUCCCCUCAUACCCCCGCUUCGGGAUGCAAAAACUUGAAUGGAAUUAGCAAGCCUGCCACGCUGAUUAUUUUGCUUGCAUUCGGAUUUCUAUUUAUAUAGAUUUUAAUAUAAUCAAUGUAACUUUUUUUUUUCUUUUCCUUUAAUCAAUUAGUUAAUAUUAACUUUAUGUACUACUCUAUUGGUAACUUCUAAUAUUAAAGAUUAUCCGU